AUGUCUACCAUCCCAACGGAGAGGGCGGCGGUUUUCGAGGUUGUGACGAGUGCCGUCAAACGCCUGCGCGACGUCCUCCGGGCCGGCUUCAAGGCCCUCCGAGAUCGGGAAAAGUCGACCCGUGCGAGGGCAAAGAGAAAGACGAAGAUGGUGGAGACCUUCAACCGCCGGGUCGCGCAGACGAAGAUCGUCAGCAGCUCCGAGCGAGUCGAACCCCUCAUGCAGGAGAUGUUCAGCGAUGAGACGUUUGCUCGCGGCGUGGAGUUGCAGGAUUUCCAGCUCGGUCUCAUUGUCGUGGAGCACACCGGGGAUGCCGACCUCAAGGAGCUGCAGGACGCCUUCCAUGAUCGCUGGUUCCAGCACAGGCAGCUGGUCGAACAUCGGAUCGGCACGAGCCAAGGGCUCCUCCGGGAGGAAGCCACUCAGGCAGAUGCGGACGAGAAUCUGGGGGCGGCUAUCCAGGAGGCGGAAGCCAAGCGUCUGGUUGACACAGACGACGAUCGGCCGACGGUGGAGGAUCUGAGGUGGAUGAGGCUCAUUGUGAAGGCUGGUGGCGGCAUCUUCAAAGAGAAGGUGAUGCCCUCCCUUGGAGAGAUUAACGACUUGCUCCGAAGCCGGCAAGACAGCUCGAGCGCCAGUUCCGAGACUUCUGAGCGCUGA